AUUCUAGCUGCCUGCUGCCUCCGCAGCGUCCCUCCCGCUCUCUCUGUGCUAACUGCCUGCGCCUUAGACAGAGAGGGUGCGCAAAGCAGAAGGGUUAGUUGGGACCUGCCUUGGUGACCCCAUGGCAUCCCCCAGAACCGUAACCAUAGUGGCCCUCUCAGUGGCCUUGGGACUCUUCUUUGUUUUCAUGGGGACGAUCAAGUUGACCCCCAGGCUCAGCAAGGAUGCCUACAGUGAGAUGAAACGUGCUUACAAGAGCUAUGUGAGAGCCCUUCCUCUACUGAAGAAAAUGGGGAUCAAUUCAAUCCUUCUCCGCAAAAGCAUUGGAGCUCUUGAGGUGGCCUGCGGCAUCGUCAUGACCCUUGUGCCCGGGCGUCCCAAGGAUGUGGCCAACUUCUUCCUGCUCUUGCUGGUGUUGGCUGUGCUCUUCUUUCACCAGCUUGUCGGUGAUCCUCUCAAACGCUACGCUCAUGCCCUGGUGUUUGGGAUCCUGCUCACCUGCCGCCUGCUGAUUGCCCGCAAGCCAGAAGACCGGUCUUCUGAGAAGAAGCCCUUGCUUGGGAAUGCUGAGGAGCAGCCCUCCUUAUAUGAAAAGGCUCCUCAGGGCAAAGUGAAGGUGUCAUAAGAAAAUGGAAGUGCAAAAAGUGGACCUUCCAGGCAGUUGCCUCCAUGACACCCAGGAAGAUGUCAGUGUGUGUUUCUUAUUUGAUUUGUCUGUCUUGGGGGAAAGGGAAAAUAUAAUCUGCAAGUUAAUGACCCUAUUGGCUUGUGUACAUCUAUACCAUAAAAUGACCCCCCCACGUAGACCUAUGUGCACCACCUUUAAUCACUCUGGGGCAACUCUCACAUCUUGCUGCAUGUAAAUGUAUUUGGCUACUGAAGUGUGUUUGUGGGAUGGACUCCAGCAAGCAUGUGACUGUAAGACGAUGUGUGGGAAUAUGUAUUUACUGUGUGUGUAUCU